AUGGAUAGUCCUCAUUCUUCUUCUUGCAUCAUUGUUGCUUGUGAUGCCACAAGGGACCGCAAUGAGCACGAGAUCAAGAUCGUUAUUGAUCAUGUUCGAGCCAGGGAUAUCAUGCUCGCUUCUGGUGACAGGUUGCUUGUGCUAUGCAUCUUGCAUAAGGUGUCUCAUCCCAUGGGGUACCAGACAUUAGCAUCUCCUGAGGCUUUUGCCGGCACCAACUUUCGAGCAAUGGAAGAAGAAGUCAGAAAAAAAGUGCAUGGUUAUGCAAAUGUGCUUUUAUCUACUCUUGAAGAUUUUGAUAUCCAAGGGGUUACCGUCGACAUUCAAGUCACCGCAGGUUUUCCAAUCAGACAGGUUAUUUUACAAGAGAUUAAGAACUACAAUGGAUCUUGGAUUGUACUAGAUAGACACCUUCGGCGCGACAUGAGAUACCAUCUUAACAAGAUACCAUGUAAGGUAGCAUUGGUUAAAGAUGAUUUGUCCGUGGAUAUAUGGAGAUCUCACAACGCACAUGACACAAAUGUCACAGCAACCAAGCCGGUCUUUUCUUUGUCCAAGUUUGUAUCAUUAUCAGAUUGCCAUAGAGAAUAUAGACAUCUCAUUACAUCUCAGAUUGGUCAAAAGCAAAACCAAAGUGGCUUUCUACCAAAAUCUUCAGAUGCACCAAUUCUAUGUGUAGGCUGUGGAAUAAGGACAGAGUUAUCUAUCAAAGAGUCCAACAGGUUCAGCUACUCUGAAAUACAGGUUGCAACAAAUGACUUUUCAAAGGAUAACUUAAUAGGUGAAGGUGGAUAUGGCCAUGUAUAUAAGGGUGUGCUUAAAGACGGACAGCAAAUUGCUGCAAAAGUAAGGAAAGAAGAAAGUGCACAAGGAUUUUCUGAAUUUCAUUCAGAGGUUUAUAUCUUGAGUUUUGCUAGACACAAGAAUAUAGUGAUGCUGCUGGGUUACUGUUGCAAAGAAAAUAAAAAUAUUCUUAUAUAUGAAUAUAUUUGUAAUAAGUCUCUUCAUUGGCAUUUAUUUGAAAACAAUGACGCGGUUCUUGAUUGGCCUCAAAGAUAUGGUAUUGCACUUGGGACUGCAAAGGGAUUGCGUUUUCUGCAUGAAGAAUGCAGAGGUGGUCCUAUUAUUCAUAGGGACAUGCGACCAAGCAAUAUACUUCUCACUCAUGAUUUUGUUCCUAUGCUAGGUGAUUUUGGCCUUGCCAAAUGGAUUACAGGCGGUGAUCCUCUUGAAACAAGGAUAAUGGGCACAUUAGGAUACCUUGCUCCUGAGUAUGCUGAAGAUGGUAUAGUUUCGGAAGGGACAGAUGUGUAUUCUUAUGGCGUUACUUUGUUACAAUUGAUAUCAGGACGUCAAGUGGGUAAUCCAGAUCAGCAACAACAAUCUCUUCGACAAUGGGCUGAACCAAUGAUUGAGAAAUUGGCUUUACAAGAACUGAUUGAUCCUCGUUUGGGAGAAUCAUAUGACACAUAUGAACUAUACCUUAUGGCUAAAGCAGCAAAUUUCUGCAUGCAAAGAAAGCCCGAGAUGCGUCCAUCAAUGAGAGAGGUUGUGCGGUUUCUUGAGGGAGAAAGUUACCAUUUCAAUACCUAG